UUAUGUUGACUCUACGCUUACUUCCCUUUCUGCUCGGCAGGAUUCAAUUUUCCGAUCCACUUAAGCAGGAUUCUCAUGCGUUACGGAUCCGAUUAACUCACACGUGCAUGCGCUCUUUAACAAGCCCUGUCUUUUUGUCUCUCUCUCUCUUUCCCUUUUGGACAAUUAUUCCACUGAUUUAACUGCAACCCGUCUCUCUCUUUCUUCUUUUCUCUUUCCUCUCUUUUGCCCUAGUUCUGCCGCCUCUUUUCUAUCAUUCCCUCUUUCCUGUUUUCGCAGUUCUUUCUGAGAUGAAUCCUCCUCAGCUCUCUGUGGUGUUGCUCAUGUUGGCCCAGCUGUGCAUGUCUUCGGGCGGUUGUCCAUCUGGGUGCCGCUGCUAUAGUUUGACCGUUGAAUGUGGAUCCACUGGGCUCAAAGAGUUCCCACAAGGCAUUGCACACGGGACACAGACCAUCUUUCUGCAGGACAAUGCCAUUGGACAGAUCCGUCAGUGGGAUCUAUCUGACCUCGGCCAGCUGCACUACCUCUAUCUGCAGAACAACAGCAUCUCCACGCUGGAGGCCGGGGCCUUCAGAAACCUGGGUCUGCUUCUGGAGCUGGCACUUAAUGGAAACCGCAUCCACCUGAUCACAGCUGACGUGUUCGGCGGUCUGAACCACCUGCGCAUCCUCUACCUCGCAGGAAACCAGAUCACCAGACUCCAGGACUACACCUUCAGGGGACUGCAGCGGUUGCAGGAGCUGCAUCUGCAGGAGAAUGUGGUGGAGGUGCUGGGAGAUCAAGCUCUGGUGGGUCUGUCAUCUCUGGCUCUUCUGGACCUGAGCAGGAACAACCUGAGAACCCUGAGCCCUGCUUCACUCAAACCCCUCGUCAGCCUGCAGGUGCUGAGGGUCACAGAUAACCCGUGGCGUUGUGACUGCGCUCUGCACUGGCUGCGUGGCUGGAUAAAUGAAGAGGGUCAGAGGCUAUUAAGCUCAGCUGAGCGUCGGAUGCUGUGCGCCGAACCUCCGCGUCUCUCCCAUCUCAGUCUGGUCGAGGUUCCUGCAAACAGCCUCAUUUGCAUCCCACCCAUAGUGCAACUGGAGCCUAGCCACCUGACAGUGCGUUUGGGGGAGAGUCUCCGUGUGUCCUGCCAGGCAUCCGGAUACCCGCAGCCACAAGUCACCUGGAGGAAAGCGUCCCACGGAAAAGCCCAGCUGUCUCCCAGAGGUCUGGUGCAGGAGGUCGGGAUGGACGGAGAUGCCAAGACCGUAGGGAGGUUGGUGACGGCCAGGCCUGGUGGAAAAGAAGGGUCGGCGAGUCGAGGGCCGGUCCGAGGAGGAACCGACGACGGAGGUGACCGGGAAAGCUUUGAUCCCGACACGGGAAGUGGAAUGCUGUUUCUCAGCAACGUCACAGUGGCGCAUGCCGGACGCUAUGAAUGCGAGGCCUGGAAUCCCGGCGGAGUGGCUCGGGUGACUUUUCACCUGUCGGUGAAUAUGUCUUCGUCGUUGUCCCGCUCGGAAAUCUGGCCUCGACUGCAUUCCUCGUCUUACUAUCAUCCUUCUUCGGUGGACGUGAGUCAGGAACCGAUUUAUGAGCUUGAAAGCAUGGACUUCAACGCACUGGGAACCGCGACCCAGACGGCCAUCGCGGUGGGAAUCUCUCUUUUGGCAUUGACAGCGUUGUUGCUUCUCUGCAUGAUUUACAGUCGCCACCGCCAACGGCAGAAAGAGGAAGAUGGAUAUGGUGCCAGCAAAGAGGAAAGCAUCCUCUACGUCAACGACUACUCCGACGGUCCCACCACGUUUGCUCAACUUGAAGAGUACCGGGAUGAACGUGGCCACGAGAUGUAUGUGUUAAACCGUGCGAGACCGGUGCUGCCUCCCCCGCCGUCCUGCAGCCAACAGGGGUCAACACUAAAAGCCAGUGAGUGCAUGCUGACCCCUGGCCUGGCCGCAGGGAUCGGACCCCGCAGGGCUCCUGCAGAAGGAGGCGAAGGACCUCCGCUUGAUCCUGAAGGGUUGUUCAUGAACCAGAGCUUGCUGUUUGACACGCAGAUCGCUUAUGAGAUCCACUGCUGAACUGGAUCCUUGGACAGACUUCAAGAUUCUUGCCAUCGGAUCUUAUCCUGCUGAAUUUCCUUUCAUUCUGAGAGCACAAAUGUAUUAUUUUUUUGUGUGAAAAGCAUUGAAGGAAUAAUAGAUCUGAAAGCUAGGGUGUGUAGUUUCAGUGCUACCGAAAAUAUUUUUGCAAAAAGUCUGAAGGUGAAGGAAGUGGUUGAGUCAGUGUUGCUACACUCUUUAAAAUAAAAGUGAUACUAAAGAAGAACCAUUUUUGGUUGCCCUAAAGAACCUGUCAGUGAACAGUUUUAUAAAAUAUAUUUUUGUUCUUAGUGUGAAGAUUAUUUUAAUUAUCUAAAGAACCUUUUGAGCAAUGCAAAAAUUAAAGGUUCUUUAUUGGCAUCUAUUGUUCCAUUAAGAACCUUUAACAAUCAUGGAACAUUUUCAUUCCACAAAAAGUUAUUUAUAGCAAAAAU